AUGGUCGUCCUCAUACGCGGCUGCAACUUCAGCACCGCGGACAGCUCCCUCCCCACCUCCAGCCUCAGCACCGACCUCUCCCUGCGGGACUCCCCGGCGGCGGCGUCCCAGAGCCCCGGUGGCCUGAGCCGGAGCGGCCACACGGUGGUGGCCGUCUGCCUCGGCUUCAUCCUGGUGGCGGGGAUCCUCAACAACCUGCUCACUCUGCUCGUCUUCGCCAAGUUCCGCUCGCUGUGGACGCCCAUCAACCUCAUCCUGCUCAACAUCAGCCUCAGCGACAUCCUGGUCUGCGUGUUCGGGACUCCCUUCAGUUUCGCUGCCAGUGUGCAGGGGAGGUGGCUCAUUGGGGAGCACGGCUGCAAGUGGUACGGCUUCGCCAACUCACUCUUCGGGAUCGUCUCCCUGGUGUCCCUGUCCGUUCUCUCCUACGAGCGCCACACCACCGUGCUGCGUUCCUCUCAGGUCGACAUCUCGGACUACAGGAAGGCCUGGCUCUGUGUCGGAGGCUCCUGGCUCUACUCUCUCCUCUGGACUGUCCCGCCAUUCCUGGGUUGGAGCAGCUACGGGCCUGAGGGUCCGGGCACCACAUGCUCGGUCCAGUGGCACCUCCGCUCGCCCACCAGCGUGUCGUACGUGUUGUGUCUCUUCAUCUUUUGUCUCCUGCUGCCCCUUCUGCUCAUGGUCUACUCCUAUGGAAGAAUCCUGGUUGCAAUCAGGAGGGUGGGUAAGAUCAACCUGCUGGCCGCGCAGCGCAGAGAGCAGCACAUUUUGGUGAUGGUGUUGUCCAUGGUUUCCUGCUACAUGCUGUGCUGGAUGCCCUACGGAAUCAUGGCCCUGAUUGCCACCUUCGGUCGGCUGGGACUGGUCACUCCCAUAGCCAGUGUGGUGCCCUCAGUCCUGGCCAAGUUCAGCACCGUCAUCAACCCGGUCAUCUACAUGUUCUUUAACAACCAGUUUUACAGAUGCUUUGUGGCUCUGAUCAAGUGCAGUGAUGAGCCUCAGUCUGUUCAUGAAGAAGUGCACCCGACCCCAAGGACCCCACUCUCAGGCUUUUAG